AUGAUUCCUAUCAACUAAGAUGUCAAAUAAGCAAGUCAAUAUUAAUAAUAAAAUCCGAAUUAUGAAAUUGAAUAAUUAGAGAUCUAAAAUUUUGAGAAUCAGCAACAUCAAUAAACAUAGUCUCAAGCAAAAGAAUCUUCUGAAGUAGUUGAAAAACUAAAUUAAAUUGAAUUCAACAAUCUUGAAAAUAUGAUUAACAAAGGUUAACUUUUCAUAAAUUAUUCAAAGGUUAACACCUACAAUAAAUGGGUCAAUAUCAAAAGGCAAUUGAAUUUUAUGACAAAGCACUGGUUAUUAGACCAUAAUUUGCAAAUUGUUUAAAUAUCAAAGGUAUAUUUGAAUCAAUUAUUUAAGGUGUCUGUCUAGAGAAAUUGGGUCAAUAUGAAUAAGCAAUUGAAUGGUAUGACAAAGCAUUGGCCAUUAAUCCAUAAUUUGUAGGAUGUUUACAUAAUAGAGGUAAAUUUAUAUAUAUUAUCUAAAGGUGUUUGUCUAUAUUAUAAGGGUCAAUAUGAAUAGGCAAUUGAAUGGUUUGAGAAAGCAUUGGCCAUAAAUCCAUAAUUUGUAAAUUCUUUAAAUAACAAAGGUAUAUUAAAAUAAAUCAUUUAAGGUGUCUGUCUAGAGAAAUUGGGUCAAUAUGAAGAGGCAAUUGAGUGGUCUGACAAAGCGUUGGCCAUCAAUCCCUAAUGUGUAAAUUCUUUAAGUAAUAAAGGUAUAUUUUAAUCUAUUAUUUAAAGGUGCUUGUCUAUAGAAAUUGGGUAAUUAUAAAUAAGCAAUUAAGUUGUAUGACGAAGCCUUGGUCAUCAAUCCUUAAUCUGUAAAUUAUUUAAAUAAUAAAGGUAUAUUUGAAUCAAUUAUUUAAGGUGUCUGUCUAGAGAAAUUGGGUCAAUAUGAAUUAGCAAUUGAAUGGUCUGACAAGGCGUUGGCCAUCAAUCCGUAAUCUGUAAAUUCUUUAAAUAAUAAAGGUAUAUUUGAAUCAAUUAUUUAAGGUGUCUGUCUAGAGAAAUUGGGUCAAUAUGAAUAAGCAAUUGAGUGGUAUGACAAAGCAUUGGCCAUCGAUCCGUAAUUUGUAGGAUGUUUACAUAAUAGAGGUAAAUUUAUAUAUAUUAUUUAAAGGUGUUUGUCUAUUUUAUAUGGGCCAAUAUGAAUAGGCAAUUGAAUGGUUUAAGAAAGCAUUAGCCGUCAAUCCAAAAUAUUUAAAUUCUUAAAUUAGAAAAGGUAUAUUUAAAUCAAUUAAUUUAAGGUUAAUGCUUAGAGAAAAUGGGUCAAUAUUAAUAGGCAAUUUAAUGUUAUGACAAAGCAUUGUUUAUCAAUCCAUAAUCUGUAAAUUCUUUAAAUAGCAAGUGUAUGUUAUUUUUAAAUAUUUUAAGGUGUAUGCCUAGAGAAAUUGGGUCAAUAUUAAAAGGCAAUUAAAUUUUAUGACAAAAUAUUGACAAUCAAUCCUUAAUCUUUCAAUUCUCUAAAUAGCAAAGGUAUACUAAAUCAAUUAUUUAGGUGUUUGCUUAGAGAAAAUGGGUUAAUAUUAAUAAGCAAUUUAAAGUUAUGACAAAGCAUUGAUCAUCAAUUCUUAAUUUGAAGGUUGUUUGCAUAACAAAGGUAUAUUUAAUCAACUAUUUAAAGGUGUAUGUCUAGAGAAAAUGUGUGAAUAUUAAUAGGCCAUUUAAUAGUAUGACAAAGCUUUGGGAAUCAAUCCUUAAUUUUUAAUUUCUAUAGAAGGUAAAGGUAUAUUAAAACAAUUAUUUAAAGGUGUAUGCCUAUUUAAAAUGGGUGAAUAUGAAUAAGCAAUUAAAUGGUUUGAUAAAGCUUUGGACAUCAAUCCGUAAGCUGUAAGCUCUGUCAAAGGCAUAGGUAUAUUUAAAUCAAUUAUUUAAAGGUUUUUGCCUAGAGAAAAUGGGUUAAUAUUAAUAAGCAAUUAAAUACUUUCACAUAGCAUUAGCCAUCACUCCGCAAUACGAAUAAUAAUACAAAGAUAUAAUUUAAUAAUUGUUUUAAUAAUUAUGA